CGCAAGUGAAAGUGAAAAAGCAAACAGAAAAUAAAAAACCGGACAAAAAACCCAAAAAUGGUGCUUUGGUCAUAUCCACCAACGGCGAAGCAACUAGCAGUAACAAUCGGUUUUUGCCUCACCGGAGCUUCACUAAUGGCCGCCGGAGCUUACCUCUCCCUUGUCAAUGUUGGUCCUCAACAGGAACGCGCCAAAGCCCGCAGCCAAUACGUCAAAGACCGACUUAGAAAAAUGCUUGACGAUUAGUCACCACCCAAAAGAGAAAACAGCCAAGGCAGACUUGGUAAACUCAGUUUUGAGCAAUGCGAGACAUGAGAAUCACUAGAACGUUUUAAAUGGAGAAUUUUUUGGGAAAUUUACUUGAAAAUAUGAAAAGGUCCUUCCUACCUGCAUUCAGAAGAGGGAUUAUGAUUAUGAAAGUCAUGUUGGUGUUUUGUUGGUUGCAUUGAAUGUCUAUUGGAAAAAUUAUUUUCCAUGAGAACAUUUGUGCCAAAGAGACGAUAAUUUAUUGUUCAUUAGUGAAUAAAUAAGCAAAGAUGUUUGUCCAUAAUCUUCAUUCUCCACUGCUUACGAUUCAUUUGCUUGAGUGUUCUGUUAAGCUUUAGAUCCUAAGUUGCCCUGCUAGCUUUUUGUUCAGCAAACUGCAGUUGUCUCUGCUACUGAACUAUUGAUGUUUAUAUCAUGUUCAUUUAAAAGUUCUAUCCAUGUCAAAAUUUGCAGCCUGUAUGAGAGGAAAGUAGAGCUUUUUUCAAGUUAGGUUCCAAAAUGUUAAAACUUUCCCCUUUGAUGCUAAGUUCGAAAUGCUGUGUUCGGUAUUGCAUCCAUAUAUGACAUAACUGCUGACGUUGUAAGGCUAUGGUACAUUGUUUGAUCAGUCUCUGUCCUCCCUUAGAAGCGUUUUGGCAUGGCUUG